UGGUGGGAUAGGAAGACUUUCUCAGUGGCGGACCGAGUACAGUGCCCCAGCUGGCUAGUUGCAGAGAAGAUGGCUGCAGUGUGGAUUUUCAGGCCAGUGUCUGAAAACACUGCACUGUUGGUAAUGUUUCACCACGGCUAGCCUUCGUGUCGCCCCUUUUAUUUAGUCGUUUUUUUUCUCCCAAGGAAAUCGAAGGGGAUAAAACAUGGGGUCUCAAACUCUACAGAUCCUCAGGCAAGGGGUCUGGGCUUCAAUCACAGGCGGAUGGUACUAUGAUCCCCAUCAAAAUACAUUUGUCAAUGCUCUACACCUCUACCUCUGGCUAUUCCUACUAUGUUUCCCCUUCACGCUUUACAUGGCACUCCCGCCCACCAUGGUGAUAGUAGGGAUCUACUGUGGUGUGAUAGCUGGUAUGUUCCUGCUGCUGAAGACUGUGAACUACCGGCUGCAUCAUGCCCUGGACGAGGGAGAGGUGGUGGAGCACCGGGCCAAGGAGAAAGAGAGCAACAGAACCAGCAGCGAGGGGGCCAACGAGGGAGAUGCCACACGUCAGGAGGACAGCAAUGGACCAGGGGACCCUGGUGGGGGUCUAGAGAUGGCAGACUUCAUUCGAGACGAGACUCCACCAGUAGACUGCAGCUCCAGAAACUCUUAUACAGGGAUGGACUCCAGUCACCAGAUUGCGUCCGCCAACGGCCAUGGAGGAACCACGACAGCCAAAGACAUGAUGUCUGACCCAAAGAUUUACUGCCUUGUCUCCAGCCACUCCUUCGCCUCCAUGCAGCCCUCCACCUCCCUUGGCCCCUCCGAGCUCUCCUGCGACCCUGCAAACCAUUGUGGCUCCGCCUCCCAUCCCUUCAGCCAAUCCAUGUCCUCUUGCGACACAGAGGGGUCGGCCCACACCCCCGGGUUACACUCCCAGUCCUUCAGGAAGGAGCCUCGUACCCGGGGUCUACCCCGCACCUCCAGCUCUGCUGGAUCAGCCUUCCCCGACCCCUCCCUGCCCUCAGCUGACUUCAGCCUCUACCCCCCUCCUUGGAGAGGGGGCCUGGACCCGGUGUGUGAGCUGGAAGCUGCCAGACCCCGCCGGCCAGGGGCUGAAGCUGGAGGACAGGGGAAUACGGAGGGGGCUGCGGCUGAAAGGCUCUGCCAGCAGCAUCCGGACCAGGCCUCUACCUCUGGCUGCUCUACAGCCUGCUACAGACACCAGCAGGAAUCCUGCAGGCUAGGGCUGGCAGGGGAGGGGGGGUCAGGGCUGGCAGGGGAGGGGGGGUCAGGUUUGUACCAGGCCGACCAGGGUGGUGGUGGUGGUGGUGGGGGGAAGGUCAGUGCAGACAGCCUCCGCAGCCUGAGCACACGUAGCAGCGGCUCCACAGAGAGUUACUGCAGCGGCACAGACCGAGACACCAACAGCACCGUCAGCAGCUUCCACAGUGAGCAGACCAGCUCCACGCACGUGGAGAGUUUACUGUCCCUGUCAGGGGAUGAGCAGCGCGGGACAGGGAGGGAGAGGGGAGGUGGGGAGGCUGCUGCUACUGGUCCCGGGUCCACCUCGACAGGGGAGGGCAGGACUUCUACUCUGGGGUCCAGCCUUGGUUCUAGCAUCUCAAGAGGACUGAACAGCCUGCCUUCCAGGGAGGCUAAUAAGAACCCUCAUGCCAAUGAGCUAACAGCCAAACAGCCCUCCUCCUCCGCCACGUCCCCCUCUAUCACCAACCCCCCAGCCUCGGGCCAGGACCCUCCAGCAGGCCCCUCCUACAGCAGUAGCAUGAGGACCAGUGCUGACGGCUCGGCCUGCACAGUCAGCAGGGAACAGGACAGAGGGAGCGGAGAGAAAGAGGAUGUGAAAUCCGCCAACCUUGUCCAACGAACUUCUUCCUCCUUGGGAGCCGGGCGCAACAGCGGGCGCCGCCGGACCGGUAAGAAACGGGCGAGCAGCUUCGAUGCCAGCCGUCACCGGGACUACGUGUCUUUGCGCGGCAUGGCCAAGCCGCGCAGUGCGGUAUUCGCUGCCGGGGGUGGAGAGGAGGAGUGGAGCGAAGCCAGUGAUCUUAGCUGUGCCUCAAGCCUUCAGUCCACCCAAUCACAUCACUUCAGCACGGACUCCUCCUCCUCCACCACUUCCCACUCCUGCCACUCCCCCGAGGGACGCUACCGUGCCCUGAAAGUCAAGCACAGCCACUCCCACAGCCACUCCCACACAGCCGCCACCACAGCCUCCACCUCCUCCUCUUCACAGAAAGCCCAGGCUGAAUAUGAGACGGGAGGAGGGAGGGCCGGGGGACGAGGCAAGCGUCGCACCUCUGGUCGGACACCCAGCACGGGCAGCGCCAAAACACACGCCCGGGUGCUGAGCCUGGACAGCGGCACGGCGGCGUCCGCCUGCCUUAACGACCCCCACCGCCUGGGGGCCCCCGCCGCCGGGCUCCGACCCCUCACCACCUCCAAAUCUGACCUGGAAGCCAAAGAGGGGGAGGUCCUGGACGCUGCGUCCCUAUUGGGCAGGGCCUCACAGCUGGAGUCAGUAACCAGGUCCAGGAAUAGUCUACCCAGCCAGACAGCCUUCUCUUCAGAGCCCCUGGACGCUCCCACCGCCGGCCCUUCACGAGCCCCCGGAAACGAGGACACGGUGACGUUUCGGCGUGAGCGUAGUACGUUCCGUCGGCAGGCAGUGCGGCGGCGGCACAACGCGGGGAGUAACCCCACGCCCCCCUCCUCCCUCAUCGGAUCACCUCUCAGUCUUCAGGAGGCUCUCAGCCAGGCCUCCCAGCCUUCUACUUCCCAGGUGAAAGGUCAGUCGUCCAGAACCCCGUCCCAGGUGACCGUGCUGAGCGCUAGCGCCUCCCUGCUGGCCAGGAAUGGAAGUACACACCUGGAGGGCUCUCAGGACAAGGCCUCUACCGUAGGCACUACCAGCCUGCAGGAUGACUUCGGGAAGAACACUUCCUCCUUGUACGAGGCGGAAGGAUGUGACAUGUCCCUGGUUAACUUUGAACCUGCAACACGACGCGCCUCCAAUAACAUAUGGGACACGGACUCCCACCUCUCCAGAUCUACCUCAGUUCGCUUUUACCCUCAUGACCUGAUCCGUCUGAACCGUCUCCUAACCAUUGACCCAGAGUUGUUAGAACAGCAGGAUGUCGACCUGAGCCCAGAGCUCCAGGAUGCUCCUCUAGACCUGGAGGACCAAGCCACGGCUACAGCACACCAGGCCAAACAGCACUACCGUUUCUGGCUGCUGCCUUACCUGUGGGUCGGCCUGCACUUUGACAGACUCACUUUGUUGGCUCUGUUUGACAGAAACCGUGAGGUUCUGGAAAACAUCCUAUCAGUGGUGCUUGCCGUCCUGGUGGCCUUUCUGGGGUCAAUCCUAUUGGUCGGCGGUUUCUUCACUGAUAUCUGGGUUUUCCAGUUCUGCCUCGUCAUCGCCAGCUGCCAGUACUCACUACUCAAGAGUGUUCAACCAGACUCUUCUUCUCCUCGACAUGGCCAUAAUCGUAUCAUCGCCUACAGCCGACCCAUCUACUUCUGUCUGUGCUGCGUGUUGAUCUGGAUGUUGGACUACGUCAGUGACAGAACCGGUUCAGCCCGGUUCACCCUGUACGGUGUCGCCGUCACUAGCUCCCUGGUUCUGUCCUCUGCCAGGGACCUCGUCAUCGUGUUCACUCUGUGCUUUCCUGUCGUGUUCUUCGUGGGGCUCCUCCCCCAGGUCAACACCUUCGUCAUGUAUCUCUUUGAGCAGUUGGAUAUCCACGUGUUCGGGGGGAACGCCUCCACCAGCCUUCUGUCAUCGCUCUACAGUGUCCUGCGAAGCGCGGUCACCGUGGCCCUGCUCUACGGCCUCUGCUACGGGGCCCUAAAGGAGACCUGGGAACCUCAGCACAUCCCUGUGUUGUUCUCGUUGUUCUGCGGUCUCCUGGUGGCUGUCUCCUACCAUCUGAGCCGGCAGAGCAGUGACCCCUCUGUCCUGAUAUCCUUGGUGCAUUCCAAGCUUCUGCCCAACAUGAAAGAAAAGAACUCAGAAGACCCCCUGUCUGAGGUCCAGGAUCCUUUACCAGAGAAACUCAGGGGUUCUGUGAGUGAGCGUCUCCAUUCCGACCUGAUCGUCUGCGUUGUCAUCGCCGUCCUCUACUUUGCCAUCCACGUCAGCACCAUGUUCAUCGUUCUGCAGCCGUUCCUGAGCUACGUGCUGUAUUCUCUACUGGGAGCGGUGGGCCUGCUGACACAUUACCUGCUGCCUCAGGUCCGCAAGCAGCUACCCUGGUACUGCUUCUCACACCCACUGCUCAAGACCAGGGAGUAUUACCAGUUUGAGGUCAGAGGCGCGGCCCAUGUGAUGUGGUUCGAGAAGCUCCAUGUGUGGCUGCUGUUCUUAGAGAAGAAUAUUCUGUAUCCCCUGGUCAUCCUCAACGUGCUGAGUGGCAGCGCCAGGGAUCUGGCCAGUCCCAGGAAACUGGACACGGGGGUUGGAGCGUUGAUGAUAACAGUGGCAGGUCUGAAGCUGCUUCGUUCCUCCUACAGCAGCCCCACCUACCAGUACAUCACAGUACUCUUCACCGUCCUCUUCUUCACCUUCGACUACCGCAACCUAUCAGAGACCCUGCUGCUAGACCUCUUCCUCAUGUCCAUCGUUUUCAGCAAGCUCUGGGAGCUGUUCUACAAGCUGUGUUUUAUCUACACCUACAUCGCCCCCUGGCAGAUCACCUGGGGGUCGGCCUUUCACGCCUUCGCCCAGCCCUUCGCUGUGCCUCACUCUGCCAUGCUGUUUGUUCAGGCUGUAGUGUCAGCUGUCCUCUCUACUCCUCUCAACCCUUUCCUGGGCAGCGCCAUCUUCAUCACCUCCUACGUCAGACCUGUCAAGUUCUGGGAGAGAGACUACAACACUAAGAGAGUAGAUCACUCCAACACCAGACUGGCUUCUCAACUGGACAGAAACCCAGGUUCUGACGACAACAACCUGAAUUCCAUAUUCUAUGAGCACCUGACGCGCUCCCUGCAGCACAGCCUCUGCGGAGACCUGUUGCUGGGCCGCUGGGGGAACUACACCACAGGAGACUGCUUCAUCCUGGCUUCAGACUACCUCAACGCUCUGGUUCACCUGGUGGAGAUCGGCAAUGGACUGGUCACCUUCCAGCUCCGAGGACUGGAGUUCAGAGGUACGUACUGCCAACAGAGGGAGGUGGAGGCCAUCACGGAGGGGGUGGAGGAGGACGAGAGCUGCUGCUGCUGUGAGCCAGGUCACCUGCCACAUGUCCUUUCCUUCAACGCGGCCUUCGGACAGCGCUGGCUGGCCUGGGAGGUGCUGGUCACCAAGUACGUCCUGGAGGGCUACAGCAUCACGGACAACAGCGCUGCCUCCAUGCUCCAGGUGUUUGACCUCCGACGCAUCCUGACUACUUACUACGUCAAGGGGAUCAUAUACUACGUAAUAGCCUCUACCAAGCUGGAGGAGUGGCUGGCCAAUGAGACGAUGAGGGAGGGGCUGAAGGCCUGUGGAGAAAGGAACUACGUGGACCUGGACCCGACCUUUAACCCCAACAUAGACCAAGACUACGACCACCGCCUGGCUGGCAUCUCCAGGGACUCCUUCUGCCAGGUCUACUUGGGCUGGAUCCAGUAUUGUAACUCUCGGAGGGCCAAGCCUCUGGACAGUGAGAAGGACUCUUCCCUGGUGUUGCUGUGUUUCGGCCUGUGUGUGCUGGGCAGGAGAGCACUGGGGACUGCUGCACACCAUAUGUCUAGUAACCUGGAGUCCUUUCUGUAUGGUCUCCACGCGCUGUUCAAGGGAGACUUCCGGAUCUCCUCGGUGAGAGAUGAGUGGAUCUUUGCCGACAUGGAGCUCCUGAGGAAGGUGGUGGUGCCUGGGAUACGCAUGUCACUCAAACUACACCAGGUGAGAGUUGCCUGGGAUACGCAUGUCACUCAAACUACACCAGAUGAGUAUGACGACACCAGCUGAUCGGUGGUUCUUUUCCAGGCCAUCUCGUCUCACCAGCAGAACCUUUCGGUCAAGGUUAGUGACCCGGCCUGGUCGUAGCGCCGUGCUCCAACAGCCCUCACUGCUUUAGCCCUAGUAGCCAUCGCUGAGACGUUACCUCAGCUUUAGGGUCAAGGUUAGUAGCUUAUCGUGCUCAACAGACGAUACCUCAGCUUUAGGGUCAUCAAGGUGAACAAGGAAUGUGUCCGUGGGUUGUGGGCGGGACAACAGCAGGAGCUGGUGUUCUUACGGAACAGGAACCCAGAACGCGGAAGCAUCCAGAACGCCAAACAGGCGUUACGCAACAUGAUCAACUCCUCGUGUGACCAGCCCAUUGGAUACCCCAUCUACGUGUCGCCCCUGACUACGUCCUAUUGCAACUCACACACACAGCUAGGUCACAUCCUGGGAGGACCAAUCAGCAUUGGCAAUAUAAGGAACUUAAUCGUCAGUACCUGGCACAGAUUGCGUAAGGGCUGUGGAGCUGGCUGUAACAGUGGUGGGAACAUUGAGGAUUCUGAUGCAGGGGGGUUGUCCUGCACCAGUGGUAAUGGGACAGGGCUGAGCGGUGACUCCCAGCAGAGCUCGGUGUCCCAGGGGGGGCUGUCAAGACCGGCCGCUCCCCUGGCCUACCAGCCACACAAUAUGAGUGAGCACCACCACCACGUACACCAGGGCUGGGGGACCAGUCAGAGCUCCCAGUCGGUCCAGUCUGGCCUUGUGCACCACUCUCCAGCCCGAGCCUCCGUAACCAGCCAGUCUUCAUCGUACCGCUAUAACAGCAGUCGCCACUCGUCUCUCCGUACCUCAGCCACUGGCCUGGAGCCCUGCCGGCGCUACUCUGCCAGCCAACUGUCCCACCGUACCCUCCCCACCUCCCUACAGCUCCGCCUGGGCUCCGGGUCGUCCUCGGACCCCGCCGGCCCCUCUGCCUCGCUCUCCUCCCACAGUAUCCCGCCCUGUAAGAGACACACCCUGGUAGGCCUGCUGGGUAACGACGGGCUGGGUAGUGGCGCCAUGGUGGACCCACUGGACCAACACGUCCCGGCUCUGACCGCCGUGCGACGAGACGACAUCUCCUACAGAGUGCAGAUCGUGGAUGUGAGCCAGGUGCUGGAGAUCAUUAACCUGUCGAAGCGGAAGGAGCUGCAGUGGCCUGACGAGGCGGUGAGGCUGAGGGCAGGACGCAGCUGCUGGAGGGACUGGAGCCCCCUGGAGGGCAUGGAGGGACAUGUGAUUCACCGGUGGGUGCCUUGUAGCCGUGACCUCACCAGCCGCUCCCAUAUAGACAAGACCAUCCUGCUGGUUCAGGUGGAUGAUAAACUGGUCCCCAUCGUAGAGACUGGGGUCAUAGAGCUGGGGGCCGAGGUCUGAGCCACUGGUUCAGGUGGAUUAUAAACUGGGUCCCAUCGUAGAGACUGGGGUCAUAGAGCUGGGGGCCGAGGUCUGAGCCACUGGUUCAGGUGGAUUAUAAACUGGGUCCCAUCGUAGAGACUGGGGUCAUAGAGCUGGGGGCCGAGGUCUGAGCCACUGGUUCAGGUGGAUUAUAAACUGGGUCCCAUCGUAGCCAAGACUGGGGUCAUAGAGCUGGGGGCCGAGGUCUGAGCCACUGGUUCAGAUGGAUUAUAAAACUGUCAUAGUCUUGGACUUGGUCGAAAGAGAAAUGCUUGUUUUGAAACCUGGGAUGAAUACGGUCUGCCCUAAUGACUACACCCUAGUCCUCCUGGGAGUAACCCAGUCACGAGUUAGAGGUCAGGGUUCACCUUACUGCAGGCCAAAGAGCAGACCAGCCUGCUGACUCUCUCUGUCCUUUCUGUUCCGUCCACUCUCCUCUCUGUCGUCUCUCCUCUCUCUUCCAUCCACUCUCCUCUGUCGUCUCUGUCGUCUCUCUUCCAUCCUCUGUCCUCUCUGUCGUCUCUCUUCCAUCCUCUGUCCUCUCUGUCGUGUCUCUUCCAUCCACUCUCCUCUGUCGUCUCUGUCGUCUCUCUUCCAUCCUCUGUCCUCUCUGUCGUCUCUCUUCCAUCCUCUGUCCUCUCUGUCCUCUCUUCCAUCCUCUGUCCUC